AUGGCUCUUGAUAACAGACAACGACACCAUUCUCUGCACCAUGGUGCCUUUAGCGGCUUCCAGCCUCCGAGUUUAGGAUCAGUGCAAUUCACAAACCCUUGGACAUCCGCCCCUCCCCAAACCCACCUAAUUCCAUCUUCCAUCCCUGACGCUGGUGGCCUGGGUUCGUUAGUAAAACCGGACCUGCGCAGCAGCAGUGUUUCCGCUUCCUAUCAAGCCAUUCCAACGACUGCCGGCAUUCCCACAUCUAACCCUAGUCGGAACAUGUCUUCUCCUAAUCUUCUCCCACACCAAAACGACUUCAUGAAGGGCGAUAUUUUGAGCUUCAGCGCCAACUCCCCCUUCGGAGGAGACAUAAGCAUGUCCGGUUCCUCGGCACCCUCGCCCACAGCUGUUACUUCGUACAGCGGUGUGAAUUCCUUUGCACCUACAAUAGACUUCCCCACCCACCACAGCAGAACAUCGUAUCCAUUGAACAACAACGAUCGACGUAUGUCACAACCGGCCAUGUCUAAUACUAUGUUUUUGGGUUCACCCGUAGAGCCGCCACGACAGCGGCAAAACUCGUUGAUGGAAUGGACCUCAAGCAGCAGGCCGUUGGCUCAACCGCCUCGAAGCACGGAUCACCAUCAGUUUUCAGAUACACUCGACUCUGCUCGUGGGAUGGUUGCCAUGAGCCAGGCACCGCGCCGACCUGGAGGACGGACCGAUGGUUCUCACGACUUUUAUCCUAGCCAUUCAACCAAUUCAUCCAUCUCGUCGACCGGAUCGUAUAACGGAUAUUACGGUGGCGGAUCUGUAGACUCUUCUGCAACAGACUACUCUGACUCUAAUGGCUUCACACCAGAAGCUUCACGCUCCACUCUCCCACGACCGGGUCCUGGCAUGCAUACUGUGCCCGUCCAGGGCGCACUCAUGACUACCUUUAGCUCCAAGAUCACAUCGAGCACACAGAAGAAGCACAAAUGCAAGGUUUGUGAGAAGAGGUUUACUAGACCCAGUUCACUACAAACCCACACCUAUAGCCACACUGGAGAAAAGCCAUUCGGCUGCGAGGUCGAUGGCUGUGGCCGGAAAUUUUCCGUCGUAUCAAACCUUAGACGACACAAGAAAGUUCAUAGCUCCAAAAACCCGUGAUUGAGUCAUCUCAUUCGAUUUUUCCUUCCUACGAAAGAAUUCGGGAAAAAGUCGGAUCACGGCUUAUACUGGGAGUGUUUUCUACAUUUUUUUAUAGUUUCUGCUGAUUGGGUUUCGGUUCCAUGAUCGGUUUUUCAUUUUUUUUUAUCACCCUUUCUUUCCGACCAUGGGAGGAGAAAAUUGCUACAGAAAAAUCACCUCGGGCCUCCGUAGGUGGCGAUACGAUAGAUGUAUUGGCAGAUUUGGGUUUUCACACUUUGUUGCUUGAUUACCCCUUAAGGAUUCCUUUAUUUCGCUCGUGUUUGCUUUUUUACAUCAAGUGACAGGAGCCUGUUUCGGGUUGUUGGCGCCUGGUGUGCGUGUGUAUGAUUUUCAUUCACGGUUGACCUCUUUAUCUUUCUUCUGGGAGCGUGCUCAUCAUUAUUUACUUUUAUUUUAUAUUUGCAUGUACACUUUGUGCCUUCUAGGGUUUCUCGUUCCGGUUGGUUUGGGAGUGCAUUAGCUCUGUCGUUACCGGGUUUUGGGUGUCUGGUCAUUAUUUCAUUUUUUUUUCCCCUUCCUCAUCUGCUCAUUAAAUCUUGUUAUUCCCUUUUUCCGUCUUGCCUUUUGAUCGAGUUUGCUUUUUGGAUGUGCACUUUUCUUUUCUUUUCCAUUUCACUUCAUUCUUGUUUUUCCGUUCUGCUAAGUCUAUCCAGGAAAGGAUGGUCUACAGCAUAGGGUUUGUUCUUGGGUAGGAAAAAUGGAAUCGCGAAAGCGGGCUGUGAAUUAUUACCGGUAUGUAUACUAGUUUCUUUUCUUUUAUCGUGCUUCUUUACAGUAACUUGCGGACCCUGAUAGUGAAAGGGAAAAAGGAAAAAAGAAAAACCCUGUCGUGAUACAAGGAUGAUUAUAAUGAUCGGAAUGACUGAUUGAUUUCUUCUGUCUGCCUGCUUGCCUGUCUUUAUUUUAUUUUUCUUCUCUUUCUUUCCACUUAUUUACAUAUCAUACCAUACCCAAUUUUGUAAUUUGAUUAGAGGAGGAGGAUGGAUGAAUGGAUGGAUGUUACCGCAUUUUACCAGUACGGUAUGAUACCGUAAGUUAGUCCACGAGCACUACUGGUAUGAUAGCAGAAUGCAGAAGGGUUUUUUUUUUUCUUUCCCAGCUCUUCUCCCUCCAUGAGGGACUUUAGCCAUACAAGUCUUGUAAUACGAGUUGUGCAGUGCUAUCACUUUUCUCCCCCCUCUCGGGAGAGGCAGAAGGAAUGGAAUGAGCCCAUCACCCACAAA